CGCCUGGGCGGGGCGGACCCGCGCUUCCUCCAAGCGGCGGCUGCGACGCCCCUGCAGGGUCCAAGAUGGAUCUCCCGGCGCUGCUCGCCGCCCCGACCCCGCGCGGGGCCCAACAUGGCGGCGGCCCCGGCCGACUCCGCCGAGGCCCAGGCCCGCCCCCCAGCCCGGGCCCCGCGCGCCGCCGCCUGCUGCUGCUGCGGGGCUCCGAAGAUGGCGGGUCGGGGCCGCGGCGAGGGGAGGCCAGAGAGGCGGCGGCGGCGGCGGCGGGUCCCGGUGCGAGCCCGCCGCCCCUCGAGGACGACGACGGCUCUUUCGUGGUGCUUCUGGAAGUGCCGCGCGGCGCCGCGACCGAGGCCUCCGGGCGGCGGGAGGCCGAGCCCGGCGCCGACGCGAGUCCUGCCGGCCGGCCCCAGCAGGGCUCCAGCGGCGCCGCCCCCGGCCCUGGCGCGGCCCUCGGGGACACCGUCGCCGUCGGCGGCCAGGACUUAAUGGUGCGCCUGGACCGCGGCGUCCUCACUCUGGCCUCGCAGCCGCCGCCCCCCGGCCCGCCGCCCCCGGGUCCGCCGCCCCCGGGCCCGCCCGCGCAGCCGCGGGAGGAGGCCGCGAGCCCGGCUGAGGGCCGCCGCGGGCCCCCGGGUCCAGGCGCGCUCGGCUACCGCUGCCCCGAGCCGCAGUGCUCGCUCUCCUUCGCCAAGAAGCACCAGCUGAAGGUGCACCUGCUGACGCACGGCGGCAGCCAGGGCCGGCGGCCCUUCAAGUGCCCCCUGGACGGCUGCGGCUGGGCCUUCACCACCUCCUACAAGCUCAAGCGGCACCUGCAGUCGCACGACAAGCUGCGGCCCUUCGGCUGCCCGGUGGGCGGCUGCGGCAAGAAGUUCACCACGGUGUACAACCUCAAGGCGCACAUGAAGGGCCACGAGCAGGAGAACUUGUUCAAGUGCGAGGUGUGCACGGAGCGCUUCCCCACGCAGGCCAAGCUCAGCUCUCACCAGCGCAGCCACUUCGAGCCCGAGCGGCCCUACAAGUGUGACUUUCCCGGCUGUGAGAAGACCUUCAUCACGGUGAGUGCUCUGUUUUCCCAUAACCGAGCCCACUUCAGAGAACAGGAGCUCUUUUCCUGCUCCUUUCCUGGUUGCAGCAAACAGUAUGACAAAGCCUGUCGCCUGAAAAUUCACCUGAGAAGUCAUACAGGUGAAAGACCUUUUAUUUGUGACUCUGACAGUUGUGGCUGGACCUUUACCAGCAUGUCUAAACUCCUGAGGCACAAAAGGAAACACGAUGACGAUCGGAGGUUUAUCUGUCCUGUGGAAGGCUGUGGGAAGUCAUUCACGAGAGCAGAGCAUCUGAAAGGCCACAGCAUCACCCACCUGGGCACAAAGCCGUUUGAGUGUCCUGUGGAAGGGUGCUGUGCCAGGUUCUCCGCUCGUAGCAGUCUCUACAUUCACUCCAAGAAACACCUGCAAGACGUGGUUGCUCCAAAAAGCCGUUGCCCGGUGUCCAGCUGUAAUAGACUCUUCACCUCCAAGCACAGUAUGAAAGCACAUGUGGUCAGGCAGCACAGCCGGCCCCCAGAUCUCUUCCCUCAGCUAGGAGCUCCGAGUUCUCUUCCACUCACCAGUGAACUAAGCAGCCCAGGCCAAAAUGAGCUCAACAACAUUGACCUGGCCGCGCUCUUCUCUGAUGCACCUGCUGAUGGGAGUAGUGCAGCAGGGGCCUCGGACGAGGCGCUGACCUCUGGAAUCCUGACUAUUGAUGUGACUUCUGUGAGCUCCUCUCUCAGAGGGAACCUCCCUAAUAAUAGUUCCUUAGGGCCUAUGGAUCCACUGGUCUUGGUGGCCCACAAUGACAUUCCUCCAAGCCUGGACAGCCCUCUUGUUCUUGGGACAGCAGCCACUGUUCUUCAGCAAAGCAACUUCAAUAUGGAUGAUGUGCAGACUGUAAGUGCAGGAGCAUUAGGCUGUCUGGUAGCUCUCCCUGUGAAGAACUUGAGUCAGGACCCACAGGCUUUGACCUCCAGCAGCAGUUUACCAGCUAACACCACCACACUGACCUCUUCAAGCACCCCACCAGGAAACACCAGUGUCCCAGAACUGCUGACUUCAAUCAAAGUGGAACCAGACUCGCCUCCUGGCCCUGGUGCUGUCAGGCAGCAAGAACGAAACAGAGAGCUGAGUGACGGGCUGCCUCGAUUCUCUGAGCACAGAUGGUGUAUGGUGAAUGGGUUACAGGAAAGUGGGGGCUCAGCAAGAACUGAUUCCCGAGCCAUUCAACUAGCCAAGAAAAAAAAGCAGAAAGGAACUGGGAGCAAUGCAGGAGCCUCAGGGUCUACUCAGAGAAAAAUGAAAGGUGGCAAAGUCACUCCUACUCACUUGUAUGCAAACCAGAGUGGUUGGUUGUGUGGGAACCUUGUGGUGCCCGGCGGAGGUCUGCCAGGACCAGCUCCAGCAGCUGGGGUGCAGUGUGUUCAGGUCCAGUUACUGCAGGACGGCCCCUCAGGUGAAGGAGUCUUGCCAGUGGUGCUGAGCCCGCAGUCUUCCACCUUCCACCCCCUGCUCGCCAUUGGUGUGCCCGUCUAUGUCCUCCAGGAGGUGCAUCCUGCAGCUGGAGGGGCUGCUGGGCCUGAGGACACGCACUGCACAGGCAGCACUGUCAACCUACAGGACCUGCAGUGAAAGCUGCCCUCUACUGGGGGACCCAAGGGCGACGCCUCCCAUCUGUGUCCCUCCCAUCUGUUACAUGGUUGUGCAGGCCUGGGUGAGAGCCCACUUGGUUUCUGCUCAGAAGGCCAGCCUAGUUCUUCAGAGACUUCUGGGUGCACUCAUUGAACAUGUUUUUUCUGACAUUCUAUCAGGAACCAGUUAGGGGCCGUACUAUUUAAAACUGCCUUGUAUAAGCAGAGUGCUUCAGUGAGGCAAGGAUUGCCUUCCUAGCAAAGCACACCCCUCUUCUGUACUUGUGCCUGUGUGUGCACAUCCCUUGUCCCAUUCAUCUGAGCCAUGGAGCACCAGUUGGAGUUACAAAAACAGACUUGUGCAGGAAAUAGAGAACAGGUCCCCUAGUCAAAUACAACUUGAUCUGUAGUAAAACCAGAGGGGUCUUUCAGCUUCGGAGUUUUAGCAUUUGCCCCGAGAGAGAUCUAAACACCCUGCUUUCCCUUUCUGAGAGCUAUGUGACAGGCUGUUUCCCACCCCUCAAUGGUGCUUGUAGGGGGGUUGACUUUUGUCACACUGUGGGGCAGAAGUGGGCUAGUCGUCACAGGAAGCCGAAUUCUCAUCCAUGUUCUGGCAGACCAGGCAGGCUGCUGGUGUGAGAGGCAAUUAUUGAGGGUGAAGUGGACACAUUGGGGGCCCUGUUUGUGAGCCCUCUGUGUAGACCGAAUUUUGAGCUCAUAGUUUGGAGAUGGUAGAAUUAAAACAUUCAAAAUAAUUUUUCUAAAUUCUGCAUUUGGGUACUAAUGUUUAAUAGUAAUUUGACGAUGUUUUAUAAAGUCAUGUUCAGAAUACUAUAAAUUAUGUGCAGGACUGUAAUGAUGGCAUGUAUAUGUUCUUGUUGAGGUUGAAGAUGUGCAUAUCAUGUCACCACAUAUUUUACAGAGUUAAUUCUGUCUUGCAAAAGGAGACGAGUUGAUAACCUUGCACAUAUUUGUUAAUUGGUUAGUGGACUGGACACGAUCACUCAGAAAUGCUGUGUUUGCCUUAUGCCUUUUGAAGUGUGUGUUUAUUAAGAUGCUACUUUGGUUCUCAGACUUGGAAUCAUCCAAACUGCCCAUUCCGUGUUUGUUUCUUGAGUUUUUGGACUUGGGCUCUUGGGAGUGACCCAGCAUUCGAUUGUGAUUUCUCUCUGUCCUAUUCUGAGGUGCCAUCCGCUCCUGCUCAGUGCUUCUCCAUCUGAAGGAAUUUAGGCCCCAUUUAUAAAUGGUUUGUACAGAACUCUGUGCUGCUUCACAAACAAUUUCUGUGCUCAUGUGGCACCUCAGCCCAGGUCCUCCAGAAAUCCCCUCCCUCUCCAAGGAGCCAGGCCUGUCGGCCAGGGUGGCCAUACCUCACUGACCUCCCGAAGGAGGACGUAUUGCUGGACCUUUCUCCCGCACGUCCCCCAGUGAAUGUCCACUACAAAGUGAUUGGUACUGUUAGUCGGUUUUCUGGGCACUGAGGUCCCCUGUUGGCAGUGGACCCAACCCUAGUGCAAAUGAAUAAAGGUUUUUGUAUAGUUACACA